AUAACAGUCCUUCUCCCACGGGAGAGAUCCAACAAGGGCUCCAGAGUCACAGCGACAACACAGACAACACAGCGAGUGCAUCAAGGCGAGCUGCAUUUCCGGAUCGACUUAGAUUGGGAAGAGAACGCUGGACGUACUUGAGAAAGGACCAUGGGAAAAUUGUAAGCCGAUCCUCUGAUCGGCUAACUUUGCAACAACCCCUUUCGCUCUCUUUGUCCCUUUCCGUACGCUCUCUCGCUCUGUAUCUCUCCCUGUCACCCAUUUCAAUGGUAUGGUGAUAUGGUUUGGAUGAUGCGAAUCCCGCCUGUGUUGUGUGUUUGCUCACACAAGCGCACGUUCGUUCGGGCGCGCGUUCGUUCUAGGUCGGGUUCUCGACGCGCCUUCCGGCACCAGAAGCUUUAAACGAGUCCGGUCCUCCGACUGUAGCAGACUGUAGUUGCUUGCGUGUGUGCCCCGUUGCAGCUGUUCUGUAAAACAGUCAAAGCCGUGCGGUUUUUUAUGAUUUAAAAAAACUUCAAAACAUCGGUGCGUGUGUGUUAGUGCCCCAAGAUUCUGUUGCAAACGGUUGUGAAAUUUGGAACAUUCUUGGUCGGCGUUCUUUUUUUGUUGUUGCUGCGGUGACUAUUACCAAACCUACUUGACAGCGGUAGCCUUCGUAAACAAAGAGCAAUCGGCAGGAAGGAAAAGGGAACCAACUUCGGAACGAUGACGGUUCCACCGGUGCUGGAGCUUACGGACGAGGAGAAAGAGGCAAAGCAGUACUUCAUGACACUGUUCGCGGCCUUCGGCAAACCGUGCGACGUUGGCAAGGCGGGCGAUCUGGAAGCGUGCCUGCCCACCUGGUUCGAUGAGGUGAAGUUCAAGCGGGGCCAAAAGUUCUACAGCGACAAUCGGUUCGGCAUUCUGCAGGCCAACUUCUGCAGCCUGCUCGUACUGUUGGCCGAUCCGAAAGGGCUACGCAUCCUGGAGCACACGGGCAAGUCGAGCACGACCGAAACGGCCCGCAAGCGAUACGUGUCCACCUUUGUGCAUAUGAGCGAUUGGUACGAGUGUGAUCUGGUACCGGGAUCGAGAUCAUGGAAAUCGCUGUCGCAAGUACGCCGCAUGCAUCUGAGCGCCUCGAACAGCGCCCAGAAGCGUAACCUAGGCUUCAUCAGUCAACCGGAGAUGGCACUCACCACAUUCGGCUUCAUGGGCUUCCCGCUGGUCCGACCGCAUCUGCUCGGCAUACGCUACGAUAAUCGGGCGGAUCGCGAAGCCUUCGUCCACUUCUGGGCGGUGAUUGGGUUUAUGCUUGGCGUGGAGGAUGCCCACAAUAUGUGCCUGUUCCGGCUGGAGGUGGUCGAGAUGAUCUGUCACGUUGUGAUACGCUACGUGUUCAUACCGGCACUGCAGCUCGAAACGCCGCUACUGCGCCACAUGAUGGGUGCGAUCGUGGAUGCGUUUAUGCCGUACAUGCCGUUUCUCUCGUACGAAAGCGUCAUGUUCCUGACCCGUCGGCUGAUCGGUGUGCCCGGCUAUCAGUACGCGCUGGACGCGAGCAAAGAAUUCGUCUGCCGCCCGCUGCUAACGAAGCAAGAGCUGGACGCGACGGUGGAGUACAUAUCGCCCCGCGAUGGCUACCGCCAGGUGGAGGCAAUGUACCGUGCCAUAUUCACCGACAAACUGCACAUCUACACCGUGAAGGACCUAACGGAGGAGAUUAAUCAAAACUAUCUGGAGACGACAACGGACGGACCGAUCGGUACGUACACCAAGCUACCGGGCGAAGAAGAUCCGCAGCAGAAACCUGCCGCACAGCAGUUGCGCGAGCUGUUGGGCCUGAAGCACAACCAGGAGCUGGUGAUAACGACGGUGGAGGAUGAGCACGAAUGGAGCACGUACCGGAACGAUAGCAAGCUAAAGCUACUGCCCGCGCGCGAUCAAACCAACGUACGGCUGACGGUGCAGUGUCUUAAUCUUUGCUACUCCACGAUCGGUCGGUUCACGAACGAGAUGGCCCUCUCGUUCAUUCUGUACCGAUUGAAGCGGCUGCACGGGAAGUAGUGCAGUGUGGAGCGCGUAACGAGCAGUACAAACCACACCAACAACGAACACAGGAUCAUCGAAAAGCAAUUUUAGUGUAGAGCAUAGUAUUCACACAGUGAUAGAGAUUAAAGUAUUUUACGCCAUGGGUUCUACGGGCAGCGUACAGGGAAGAAAACACGGUUACCCCCAAAAGCAAUAAAAUGACAUAUUUUCACGCACGAGCUGCAAGGA